CCCUGUCAUAAUUCCUGUCACUUGGUCUGCCUUUGCUGCAACAACCACACCCAAUUUUGAGAGCUGCAUCCAGACAGCAAUCCUCGACAUGUUGGUCAAGAUCAUUGCAGUCUCUUUCCGAAGACGCAAUGGCCGAGGCCAUUAGGAUACGUUGGAGUAUAAAGAGGGAGUCGGAAGCAGAUGAUGUCGAUUACGGGGUUGAACAACGUCUUCUGCGUGCUAUCUAGCCACGCACUCAUACGUACUAUUGUAUUCCUCGUCAUUCACGUCAACCAUGUCGCACUCAUCCGGCCGUGAAGGGUGGUGCAAAUCGUGCCCGCAUGCCAUGGACAAACACAAGAAAGAAUAUUGCUCUGCCUGUCGGGGCUAUGUCCAAAUAUGCAUGUGCCUUAACCACGAAGGCGGAGAUCCGAUAUACAAGAUAUGCUUUGGCAAAUGCAAAUGCCGAUUCCCAACAACCGCCUACGGCGCCAGUUUGACCUGGCUAGCAGCCUAUCAGUACCGACCUGACCACGAGGCGUACAUUCCGGCGCUCCAUCCUGACUACACCAUUGAAGAAGACACAACCGAAAUUUCCAACGCAGACCCCAGCAACCUCGAUUUUGACUACGAACAGCUGGGAACUGACCCUGGACUCGAUAUCGAAGAAUCUUCAGCCGCAGUAGCUGGGCCCAAUGCCUUAAGACAACAACCGGAGAGCCCAGAUCCUCUGUCGUAUACCGGGCAGUCACCAACCAGUCUCGAAAAGGCAAUGGGAAGUAUGAGCAUUGGUGUGCACGGCGAACGAUCAGAGAGUCCGGAUCCUCUCGUGAUGCCAGGGCCAAGUGCUUGGAACGGUCCGACCGAAGUGAAACCGGUGGCAGCAUACGGCGGCAUUGCUUUCCAAAGCGGGGAUACGUGGUUUCACACCAGCCCAGAGCAAUGGCUUUGGCUAGGUGGCUGCUGGAUGUUUUUCGACUCUGAUCGACAGUUCAAUUGCCAGGCACUUCCAGUCACAGGACCGAAAGUCAAGGGAAAAGGCAAAGAGAAAAAGGCGGAGAAAGACAACAUUGAGGUGAACCCUGUUGCAGCAUACGGCCGUAUUGCAUUCCAAUACCACAUGUGGCAAAUGGCAACAUACUCAGAAAGAGCAAUGGCACAAGAAGCAUGGCCGAUUUCUAUUCACCGAUGAAUGGGACCAGACUUACUCAUGCAAGACUUUACCAAAGGCAGAAGGAGGAGAGGGGUCAGAGAGAACGGACAAGGGAAAGGCGGCUGAUCUGAUUCAGGAUCGGGGUGGAAGGAAUGAGAGGAAAAGACGAGAACACGGGCGCUGACGAUGUAGUGCUUAAGGAGUUUUCCUUUGUCACUUUCGUUUAUUGGAUGUCUUUUUGGCUAUCGCAGCCCUUCUAUUGCCAUCCAAACCAGCGCUUUAGCCAUGAGUGGCGCUGCGAUCGCAAGGCAUUUAUCAGAGUCAUGUCUCUAUCUCCG